UUGUCUUCCCUGCAGAUGGAACUGAGCAGAAGGAAAGUGCCUCUGUAUGGCGAAGCAAAGGUAUUUGCAUUGCUGGAUGGUUUUGACUCUGCGCCAGAAGAUGCAGAGGUUUACAUUGUUUUGGAAGGAUCCACACUGAUCCAUGUCACCAGGGCUCACAGUGAUGUCAUGCUCUGCUUUAUUGUGCCCGGCCAUAAUCUGGCAGAGAUGGUUUCUGUCCAGGCAUACCUGUGCUCUGAAACUAUACCUCUCACCUGGGUAGGCGAGGCUUCAUUAGAGUAUGUUCAUGAUGAUGCUCAGGACCUCGCAGAGCACCUGGUAAUCCAUGGACAUUGUCUGAACUCCACGGAUCACAACGAGCUGAGCAGCCUCUUCAACCUGGGCCAGCAGAGCUCCCAUUGGGCUAUGGAUCACCGAGUGGCCCUGGCUAUGGCUAACCUCGAUAUCCCCCCAAACUGGAAUGUACUCGGGAGCCACAGUGGAGACGAGCACUGUCCCAGAGAGUCUCCCCUCCACCUAGCUGUUCGAUGGGGUAUGUGUCGACUUGCAGAGCUGUUGCUUUGCCAGCCUGGGGGUUUGAUGGCUGUCAAUCUGCCAAACGAAAAUGGAGUCACGCCGCUGCAGCUGGCACAGACAGCAGGCAACACUGAACUGUUGGAGCUGCUCUCCAACCCACCCAAUCCACUAGCUACACCUCCCGCUGGUCUUUCCCAGGUGUGGGCAGACAGAUCUCGCCUGCUUAGGUUCUGUCAUGACAUGGGGAACCUGACUCUGACUGUCAGACAAAACCUGAGGUGGAGCUCGGAGGAGAGCCGACAUGCUGACAUCCUGCUUCUCAGAGAGCGACUGAGAGAUGAGGACUUCCUCAGAGGGAUCAAAGCACUAAGGAGGGAGCGGGUGGAGACGAUCUUAGGGAAGGAAGAACUAGUGGAUGAUCCUGCAGACAGUGCACUGUAUCCUGACAUAAAUGGAGAAAACUCUGCCGUUGAAGAGAAUGUUCCCAGUUUCUACUCCGAAGUACACGAGGAGCCGCUGAUGUUCUGUCUGAAUGAGGAGGACGAAGAAGACGAGCCUUCACAGUCUGACUCUGAGAAAAGCCAGUCCAUAAGGGAGAGCCAGGCCUCGUCUCCAACACUGGCUGCAGCUGCCAGACUGUCAGUGAUGAUACACGGCAAAGACCAAGUGUAUGCCAACGCCAUGCUGGUGGAUCAGGUGGACGAUGCUGACAUUAAAUACCGCUCUCCAGGGGAAGAGGAGGUCAGCCCUGCAUCUCAUGCUGACAGCUCCAGCUGGGAUUCGUUCUCUGUGACUCCCCCUAAUUCAGGGAACUGCUCCCAGAGCCGGUGCCUAUCGUCACCCCACAACAGGCUGAGGGGAAUCCAAGGUUCUGGCCUGGAGAACCACAGAGAGCAGUCCCCUCUUGUCUCCCCCCCCUGUCCUUUCGCUUCCUCCCCAUCUUUUCCUUCCUCGCCCCUGGCUUCCGCCCUCCGUUUGUUUGAGGAAGCACACAAGCGUCAGCCGCAGACAGGCUUGCCACGCUCUCCUUCUUUGAGUCGUAGAGGAUGCAGCUUCACAGAGGCAAGCCGAGGCCUGAGCCCUAGUCUAGAGUGUGACAGUGGAGAGGAGGACAUACUGGGACAUUCCUACCCAUCCUCAUCUAUAAGGCAACAGUCCACUCUGCGCUCUAGCUCAGGAGAAGAGAGAGACUCUUUUGACGCUUCUCCAGAUUUCAGUCGUGCGCAAUCCGACAUCACGCACAAAUCAACCAAGAGCCCAGAGGAGGCUGAGGUCCGUCUUCGCUCCUACUCCUACUCCUCCCCUAAAGCAAAGCCGUCACGGCCACUGCUAAACCGCGAUGCAACAAUCACUGAUUUGGAAGAAGAGCAGAGAACAUUCAACUUGACUGAGACGCCCAGAGAAAAGAGGGUUUUGGGUUUCCGUAAGCGGGCCCAGUCAGCAGAGGAGGAGAGCAGCGCACCACUCGAACACCUCACCCUCACAGAGUUCCUCAAAGAGAUCGAGGAUGAGGACUGGGAUAAAUACAUAAUCCCAUCUAAGGUCGAGUCAGAGAAGUACAAAGUCAGCCGGACCUUCAGCUUCCUCAAGAGCAGGAUGUCGAGCACUCGCAGCAAGACUAAGGUGAAGGGUAAAGAGGUGAAGGAGGGAAAGGAGAAGUCAGUCACUCCUAAUGGUCAUCAGUUUGUUCCUGUGUCUCCAUCUGGUCCUGCUCUUUGUGUGGCCUGUGAUAAGUCUGUUUCUGGGAAGGAGCUGUUGCAGUGCUCCAACUGUUUACUGAAUGUUCAUAAGAACUGUCGGGAGUCUGUUGCAGCCUGUGCAAAGAAACUGCAAGACAGGAAUGCAUUGCUGAUGAAGAACAAGGCCUUUUCUCUCCCGCAGAACCCUGUCAAAGAAAACCCACCAUCCUCCAUUUUCUCUUCUUCUUCCUGCCCGUCCUCUUCGCUUCCAACAAUGAACAGAGAAAAAAGAGAAACAGUCCCACCGCUUACUAAAAGCCUCUCUAUCUCUGCAGACAGCAGACAGCUGAGCGACUCAGCAGGUGCGGACUCUGAGUGUGCUGCUCCAACUUGCACUAUUAGCUCACUGUCUGAUGACGGGACACCAGUCACAACGACUCCCCCAGCCAUAGACCUGCCAAUCACCACACAAGAUACUGUUGAUGCUCCUUUACUGGGCGACCUGUCCGCUGACCUGCUGGGACUUGAAGCAGAGUCAUGGAGUCUUGCAGUCACUGCCGAAUUUUGUAGGCAACACGACAGACACACAAUCAAACGCCAGGAUGUUAUUUAUGAGCUGAUGCAGACCGAGCUGCACCAUAUCCAGACCCUAACGGUCAUGUCGGAGGUGUUCAGGAGAGGCAUGCUGGAGGAGCUGCAGCUGGAUUGGGACUGUGUGGCCCGGAUUUUCCCCUGUUUGGAUCCCCUGCUGGUCUUCCACAGGAACCUCUUCAGAGCUCUGCAGGAACGCAGACAGGCUGAAACCCAAACAGAGAACUCCCAAAAUUACAUCAUCCACAGGAUUGGAGAUAUACUGCUUCAGCAGUUCUCAGAUGAAAAUGCUGAGAAGAUGAAAAACUUGUAUGGAGAGUUCUGCAGUCACCACAUCGAAGCUGUCAACGUCUUCAAAGAGCUACAGCAACAGAACAAGAAACUUCAAAACUUUGUCAGGCAACAGAGCAAUAACUCGCUGGUCAGACGAAGAGAGGUCCCAGAAUUUAUCCUGCUUGUAACUCAGCGCAUCACCAAGUACCCAGUGCUGCUGGAGAGGAUAUUACAUUAUACCAAGGAGGGAAGUAUAGAACACUCUGACCUGUCAACUGCCCUGGCUCAGAUCCGUAAUGUUGUUGCAGCAGUGGACCUGACUGUAAAUAAAUAUGAGAAGUUUCAGGAGCUUCAGGAAGUGCUGGCCCGGCUGGAGAACAAAAGCUUUGCCAAGCUUAAGAAUGGCAAGGUGUUUCGCAAACAGGACCUGCACAGCAAACAUAGGGAUCUGCAGCACAAAGGGCUGGUCUACUGGAAAACAGCCACAGGACGUCUGAAAGAUACGUUGGCUCUUUUGCUCACUGACAUUCUAGUUUUCCUGCAAGAGAAAGAUCAGCGCUUCAUAUUUGCUGCUGUGGACCAGAAGCCUCCAGUAAUCCCUCUACAAAAGCUCAUCGUCAGAGAAGUUGCCAAUGAAGAGAGAGGGAUGUUUCUCAUCUCUGCAUCCUCAGCGGGGCCAGAGAUGUAUGAAGUUCAUACCACCAGCAGAGAGGAGAGGAAUGCAUGGAUGAGACACAUUCGACAAGCUGUAGAGAGCUGCCCUGAGGAAGAGGAGGAAGAUGAGCGAAGUGCUGAGACCGAGGAAGCCAGGCAAGCUGCAGAAAUGAGAAUUCAGAAGAUCACCAAGUUCCAAGAAACGCUGUUGGGUCAAGACCAACGAAUCUGCAACAGCCUGGAGGAGAAGUUACAGCUUUAUGCUGAGCUUACAGAAUUAACCCUCCAGUCACCAGAACCUGUACCACAUCGCCACCUGCUGGUAGAAUCGGUACCAUACACCGACAGUGAGACACCAAGACAGGCCUCUUCACUGCUCACAGCUGCACUCAGAGAAGCUGAAAACCUGAUCACCAUUCUCCAGGCUCGUGAAGGUAUCGCUGUGCAGAGUCAGAGCUCUCCUGUCCGAGGCCCUGAGUGCUGCAGUUAUAACAGCCACGGCAGCAGCAUUCAGGAGUCUCCGUCUGAGCCGGAUUAUCUGAGCACGCUAAGCAUGAGCUCCACCUCUCUUGGAUCUGACAGUGAAUUAGCCGGGAUGGACAAUUCGUUGUGGAGCUCCGCUGUUGAGCUGAGAAAAGGAGAGAACAAAGGGACACUGGUGAAGGUGGCAGAGAGUGUCCAGAGCCUGACCCAACUUCUAUACAGUCUACAGGCAGCUGUGACCCUCCAGGACAGCUGCUAUGAAGUCCACCAGCUCCUUCUUCAGGAGGGAGAAGGACCUCAGCUCCGAACCCUCGCCUCCCUUCAAAGCAGCCUGGAGCAGGAGAAGCAGAGGAGUAUUGAGAAGAAAAAAGAGGAAGUGGAAAAGAAGGGUUUAGAGAGGAAGAAAGAAGAGGUGGAUGAGGUGCAGAAACUCCAGGUGAAGCUGAAACAAGAGCAACAACGUUGGGACAAAGAAUGUCUGGCCAGAGAGAAACAACAGAGUGAACAGGAGACUUUGCUGGAGCAGCGGGAGCAGCAGUGUCUUCUGGAAGCUGAGCGGCUGCGCUGUGAGCGUGAGGAGCUGGAGGCCCAGCUGCUGGAGUACCAGCAAAAUCUGGACAGACUGAGGGAGGGUCAGAGGAGUGUAGAGAGGGAGAAGGAGAAGAUCGAAGCGCAACAGAGACUGCUCCAGAGCUGGAGACAUAGCCGCCAGAGCAGCCUGCCUGUUAUGAUUCCACUGGGUGAAUACAAGGGGUCUACCCACAGCCGCUCAGGGAGCCUGGAUGGCAACUGUUCAGUGUACAAGAAUGAGGCAGCUUUGCUCACCUCACUCCAACAGAACCACCUCCACCAGCCCACCAACAACAACCAGCACCAGCAUCCUCUCUCCAUGCCAAGAAAAAACCACGAAGACCCCCUGCACAGUUCCACCUAUUCGACCAACCUCGGCCUCAGUGCCAGCCUCUACAACAGCCUCAACACCCUGCUGAGCCAGACACACAGCAAACAGCCGCUGGAUGGCAUGACAUACCCGAGCUACAGUAACAGUCAUGACUGUCCUCAGGCCCUGAAUGACUCCAUCCACCCCUUUGGCAGCAGGAUCACUACACACUCACAGGAGACCAACACUUCAAACUUCAGACCAGUGGUGGACAAACAAUCCCCGGAUCUGUGGAGGUCAGAGGUCACAGGGCAUAGACUUUAUGAGGACGGCUUCUCUUCCUCUCACUCUCUUAACCCUCUCCUCCCCCCUCAGGCGUACCUCUCUCUCGAGGGGCAGAAUAGGGAUGAGGGAGUUGAGGAGAACAUUGUUUACCUCUAAAGGUCCAUGAGAGAAAAAUAAACAAUAUAGGCCACCAGUUGUAUACUGAACAAACAAUAAUAUGUCUGUUGCUUAAAUGUGUGUGUGUGUGCAUAUAUGUCCAUGUAAAUAUGAUGGAUUUAUGUUCAUCUUUUAAAAUCGGAGAGAUCAAAUAUAGAGGUAAUCACAGGGAGAAAGUAUAAACCGACUGUACAGUAUGUGCCUUUAUCAUUGUAUGUUGUGAACUUUAACCAUUCUCCUCCUGUGUGAUCAAACCAUUGUGCCUUUUCACAAACAAGCUCUUUGUAAAUCAGCUUUUAUAUUUGUACUUCUCGUGUUUUCACUUCUACCACAAAUCUUUUAAGUAUCUGUGCACUUGGUUUGAUGACAAAGGUACCUUUGUGCUACAAACCUUUUGACUUCAAAUACAAGAAAGUCAGGACAGAUUAAAAUUGAUGUAAUUUACGUCUUGAGCACUUAAAAUGAAAUAAGAAUAUAUGAGAAGCCAAUCAACCCCUUUUUUAAACUAUAUAUAGAUUAUUUCUCCAAGUGAUCUUUAAUGAUAUUUAUAAGGGAUUGUGGGCCUCUACGAGAAAUAAAAAUAGACCUAUAUUGUGUAUAAAUAUGAAAUACGUGUAUAGUUUUUCGGAGCGGCUACCUAUGCACAAUAUGUUGAAUUGUUUUCUCACUUAAGUGCCAAAAAUAUAUUGCUGUCUGAUGCUGUAAUGUCUGUGAAGAGAGGGUGUAUUUUUUUCCCCUGUUCCUUGAAAUUUCAGAUAAUUUAUUGCUUAAAAAUAGCUUCAUGCACUGUCAACGUUUAUAAGAUUUUGUUUGAAAAUUUGACUUGUAAUCUUCAUAAUCAGAACUGUGUUAUCAUAUUGU